GGCGGUUGUAGUACGGUUCUCUUGGACCGGAUUUCGAUGCCCACUCUUCGUUCAAACGCCGAGGCUUUUUUCUGCCACUAGUCUAUAUUUACCCAGAAACAGUAGGUUUCUAUCCUAUGCCACAAGGAAUCUUUCACCUGAACACCAGAAAAGGAAAAUCAUGGUCGUUGGCCUGAGAGAAGGUACGGUGGAAACUGACGCUGAGACUUUAGAACUUUACUUUAAAUCGUACGGCAAGAUAGAGCACGCCAAAGUAGUCCGCGAUCAACUAAGUGGAAAAUCAAAAGGCUAUGGGUUCGUGACAUUUGACAGUCCAAAGGUUGCGGAGAAAGUUUUGUCCUCUACCAACCAUCGUAUCGACGGCAAAGACGUAAAAGUGCUCCUAGCAGUGAGAUCUCUGAAAAAAUCCCGCGAAUUGCCAAUUACGAAAGAUAUUCAAUCAGAAGAACUGCAAGAAAGGAAAAUAUAUGUAUCUGCGCUCGAAACUGGUGAUUACAGAACAACCGAGCAAGACUUGAAGGAUUAUUUUUCAACCUUUGGAGAAGUUGAAGAUGCAAUGAUUGUUUUCCCGAAAAGUUAUGGAUUUGUAACAUUCAAAAAUCCAGAAACUGUCAAAGAUGUGUUGUCGAACCCUUUGCAUGUGAUAAAAGGGUGGAAGAUAUAUGUGGCAAGACCUUUUAAAAUUAAAGACAAAACUGAGAUUGCAAGGAAGAGAAAAAGGACCAUCAAUGUCUUUGAUGUUUUCCCUGAAAUAUCUGAUAAUGACCUCAUCAAGCAUUUUUCAAUUUUUGGGGAGGUGGAGCAGGUUCUUGGAAGGGAUUCUGACAGCAACCAAAGCAGUCAAUGCAUGGUUGUGUUUAAGAGAGAAGAUGCAGCUAAAAUGGCUUUGAAGCAACAACUGCAGGUGAUUGCAUCUCGAUUUAAAAUCUAUGUGAAACCACUGUCUGACAAUAGGGAAUCAAACAAAGUACUUCUACGUGGUGCUCCCGCAGAUAUCACCCUAGAAGCGUUGCAGCUUUAUUUUGAACAGUUUGGAGACAUUGUUCGAAUGGACCUGACGUCAGAUCAUCAUCGACCCACCCAUGCUGAUAUCCAUGGUGUGAAAUAUCGAAUUAACACAGAUUGGCCCACUGUUGAAUUUACUGAUGUAGGUGCUGUGGAGAAAGUUUUAUUGCAUGAUCAUGUGAUCUGUGGCCAGAAUGUCGAUGUAAGGAGAGUUGAUGAAAGGGCUUUGUCAACUGGUGCAUUUAAAUGGGAGACAGAGCGAAGCAUGAUGAUUCUCAUUGAUGAUCUAGAUCGAAACUCUAGCAAGGAAGCUAUCAUUGAUUAUUUCACUAGUCAGUCCCUUAUGGUCCAAUCUGUGGUUUUCAGGAUGGAGAGCAAUGAUUCUAUGUCUUGUGUGGUGGGGUUUUGGAAUUUGGAUGAUGUUGACGAAGUUGUCAAUCAAGCAUCUAAACAGGAUGGUAUUUUAUUCAUCAGUGGUAAGCCAGCAUAUGUAAGACGCCUUCACUGGGAGAGUACACAAGAAAACAUGGAAAAUGAUAGACAAGGAGACUUGUUGAAUAAUUAUUAGAGCAACUUUCCAUUAAAACUUUAAACCACAAGUGAUCAGCCACUGAUUUCUCCUUACAAUAUCACCCCAGAAUCACACACUUUUAGUCAGUGCUAAAGGAAAUUUACAGAAAAGUGUAUUGAGAAUAUUUAUACUGAUGUUAUGAUGUAAAGGGUUGUCAGUAGUAAUGCGAAAUAUACAACCAUGCUCUGUGAUGCUUUAGAAAAUGACGAUAAAGAGAAAGAUUGGCAACCUAAGUAGCUUUGAUUGUUAAACAAAUUCUCUUAGUCAGUGCUAAAGGGUGUUGAGAAUAUUAAUACUGAUGUUAUGGUGUGAAAGGGUUGAGUCAAUACUUAAAAUGUGUCAUUAUGCUCUACAAUUGCUUUGGAAAAUGAGAAUAAAGAUGAAAUUGGCAACCUGCUUGUGAAAGUAAAUUUUUUACCAAUAAACACCUCCAUAUUAAACAAUAAAGUACAUGUAUUCUGC